CACAAACCCUAGAAGCACUCAUCAAUCCACUCCUCCUGUCCACCACCACUACCACCAGCUUGCAGCCAUGGCGGCGAGCACGAAGAAGCUCGGUCCGCUCCUGCUGACCCUCCUCCUGCUCCUCACCACCGCCGUCGCGGCGCCCGCCAUCGACUGCGACUGCGACAACCCCAAGGCCCCCAAGCCUUCCCACCCGCCCAAGACCAAGCCCCCCACCAAGGGCCCCAAGCCGGGACCCAAGGGCCCUACCUACCCGUCGCCGGCGCCCAAGGGCCACCUCCCGCGCCCGCCGGUCGUCGGCCCGCCGAAGGGCCACCUCCCGCGCCCGCCGGUCGUCGGCCCGCCGAAGGGCCACGUCCCCCGCCCGCCGGUCUACGGCCCGCCCAAGGGCCCCGUCACACGCCCGCCGGUCUACGGCCCGCCCGUCGUCGUCGGGCCGCCGGUGACCUACCCCACGCCGCCAGUCACCGCACCGCCGGUCACCUACCCCGCGCCACCGGUGACCGCACCGCCGGUCACCUACCCCGCGCCACCGGUGACCGCCCCUCCGGUCACCUAUCCUGCGCCACCCGUGACUGCCCCUCCGGUCACGUACCCUUCGCCUCCGGUGACCAACCCGCCGGUCACGUACCCGUCGCCACCGGUGAACACGCCGUGCCCUCCGCCACCGCCGGCGACGCCCGCGGCGCAGACGUGCCCGGUGGACUCGCUGAAGAUCGGGGCGUGCGUGGACCUGCUGGGCGGGCUGGUGCACGUGGGCCUCGGCGACCCGGUGGUGAACAAGUGCUGCCCGCUGCUGCAGGGUCUGGUGGAGCUGGAGGCGGCGGUGUGCCUGUGCACCACCAUCCGGCUCAAGCUCCUCAACAUCAACCUCGUCCUGCCCCUCGCCCUCCAGCUCCUCCUCACCUGCGGCAAGACCCCUCCCCCCAGCUACACCUGCUCCAUCUAGUCGAGCUAAUUAACCUCGGUGAACCAGUGUACUUGGAGAUGGAUUCAUGCAUCGACAUGAGAGGAUGUCAAACGUCGUCGCCAAGUAGCUAGCGCUAGUAGCGAGCAAGAAGAAGAAAGAGAUCGAUCACCAAAGAACGGAUCGAUGGGUGUCUAUGUUUCGUCAUUUCUUGUGGUUUCCUUUUUGUGUUUGGUUAUAUUAGCCUAUUAUAGGUCUGUGUGUUGUGGUUUGAUCGAUGCAGGAGGUGAUAAUCGGUGUGUGUUCUAUUAGUUAAUUGUGAUGGUCACAACUGAUGACCAAUUGAUUGGCUAAUCCAGCAAACAGUAGUAAGAUUCCAUGCCAUGAAUAAUUCUCAGAGUUGUCCCA